CGCACGAUACGACCGUGUCUAUUGGGUUCGUGGAAUUCAACAUUGUUAGAUGUACAUAAUUGCGCAAUUUUUCCGAUUGCAUUCAGUUUAUACCGAGAUCCAAAUUAGUAUGAAACUUGUUUUUAAAACAACGACGACUGCAGCUUCGAAGACAGCGUCUACUGCCAUGCGGAUGGAACCGUAUUCAAGCAAUUUUACGAAAUGACAUCGAGACAGAACUUUGAUAAACUGUACAUUCGAUAUUUCCAAUCGUAAGUUCGAUAAUGUUGUUGGUCGAAGUGUUACCUGUGAACUCUGACAAAUUCAAUGGCUCCGUGCGCUCGCGGAGUCGAAACGUUCAACAUUACUGGUGUUUAAACUAUUCGUGAAUACGUACAAAUGGAAAGCAACGGGAAAAACGACGACUGUGAAGUUCAAGGUGCCAAUUCGAUAAUAAAAAGAGAUGACGUUCCGACGCAAAGUGCACAAAGUAAUUCCGACACAAAGGUGUCCACGGAUUCGAGGAAUCCUCAAGCUCGUGUCGUUCGGGGAACGAAAAAAAUGAAAUUGGACGUUAGCGAUAGUAAUCAUUUGGAAAAGAAAGAUACCAAAGAUGACGAAGGUAACACGGAAGCGAAAGUAAGAUCUAUGAAGAGAUCUUGCGAACUAUGGUCUUUGGAAGAUAAAAACACUUUCUUCAAGGCACUGAACGAAUAUGGGAAAGACUUCGAUGCUUUGCAGAGUUAUUUCUUGAGUCAAGGGAAGAAGAAAGGCCUGCCAGAAAGUAUGAUCAAAAAUAGGGAACAGAUACGGCACUUUUAUUAUAGAACUUGGUUAAAAAUAUCCAAGCAUUUAAAGUUCUCAGAAGAUUUAAAGAAAACUUCACAGGAAUUAUAUGGCUUGAUUAAUUUUGGCGAGCUCAGGAGAAAAUUGCCUAGAAUCUAUGAAAAGGUUCAUCUGAAGUUAAACGAAUUGGUCUACUGGGGCUCGACUCAAGUCAGGCUCAGAGGAAAGACUAUGAGAAUUAAGACACCUAUAUGUAGAGCACUCAGGAAGUUAAAUCAAUUAGAAGACUGGCAAGAAGAGAUUAAACUGCCUUCUAGAAUAACGAUUGAAUUGAGACCACGUAAUAAUAUAGCGUGGUGGCAGGUACAAGCGUUAGCGAUGAACCCUCGAGUACGCACGUUGCUACCUGUACAAAGACGCUUGUCUAGUUUACUAAUAUUUCUGCAGCAAAGAUGGAAGCCAGCGAAAUAUAAUACGUCCCCUAACGUAGAGAAUGCUAUUACAAACGAGAUGAAAGAUACUCGACUUAUACGGGUGGCACCGCCUGAAGGUUGUAAGAUUUCUAUUCCAAUCGUGAACCUCGGUGAAUAUCUGACGAGUAAUAGCGUCAGUUUAAACUCCUACGAGAAACGUCUGGGAUUGAAGAGCUCCAGAAUGGAGUUGUUAGGCGUUGGGAAGAAAGGAAUCAAAAAGAAUAAGAUCGAUAAGAAGAGUCGAAUAGAAGAUAAUUGUACUAUGACAGAUAAUAACACUGAGGAUGUGGAUGCAGUAGAACCUGGCAGCAGCGUUUCGGAAAAGCCCUCUAUUAUUAAUUGUAAUGAGAAAUCUAGUCCGGAGCAACACGCGGAGCCCAAUAGAUUCCCAGGGAGAGAAACCGUCGAGAGGAUUCGCGAAGGAUGGAACGUCGACGAGGCAAACACCAUCACUGUCGGAGAUCUCUUUUUGAUGUUCGGUCGAGAGUCGAAGAUCACACUGGAAUAUUGGUGGGACUGGAAUCUUCAGAACCAACAGAAUGGACAGCCCGCGACAACGAGCGUGCGUGACAAUAAUCAGUGUCUGAUGUUGCAAAAGCUGUUGUCGAUAGCGAAACACAGUUACGAUACAAAUAAAGUAUAUGAUAACGCUUCCGGGAGCAAUGAAACUGUGAUCUCGACACGAGUACUUUCGAAGGACUCUACCUUCAGGAAACCAUUAAUUCCGCAAACCUACCACACGAUCGGAACCACGGAUACUUUCAAAACCCAAAUAGAUACGUUUAAAACGAGGUUUAGCAAGAGAGGUAGAACCGUGAGGCGAAAGAGUCUCGUCGUGCAAAGGGUAUUGCCGUUAAUGUCCGCGACGAACAACUCUUUAGAAGAAGUUCCAUCCAACUCUCAAGAGACAGAUAAAGCGAACGACGUUCUGUUGAACAACAAUGAACAGAGUGAUAAAUCGCAAUCAAUAAUUAUAAACGAAGCAUCGGAUAAAAACUUUUUGGAUGAACUCGAGGUGGCUAGAGACCCGAAGCCUACGAAUUCGAUUAUAACGAGUGCCACGCAAAUACUUAAAGAGGGAGAACAUCAAUGGUUGAACAGUGAGGUAGCGGAUUUUUCGUUAAGCAGUUUCUUAGGUCAAUUGGAGUCUCCUACAAAGAAGAACGGAGACAAUAUAGUAGAAGAUAGACCGCCGUCGGACGUUGUCUCACAAAUGCAAUGCCUGAUGGGAGAGAGCAGCGUUGACUACAUGGCGAAGUUCGCGAAUCUCGCCUCUCAGUUCGUGUCGGACGAUAAUAAAAAAUAAAAGUCUAGCUUAAUUUUGUAUAAAUUUCUAUUAAUUUUAAGUCGUUUUAUACUGGUUGGCAAUGAUGUUCGAACUGACUUAUUUAUCUCUUUGAUAUUGACUUUAGAAGAUACAGUUGAAAUAAAUAAAUAACGAGUAACAACUGUUCUUCAUUAGCUGUUCACGUUAAA